GCCUAUUUAUAAUCUCCAUUCUCCACUUCUCUCUCUGUCUCACUCCCUCUGCUUGCAGUCCCAUUGUGCAUAGGAUUGGGUGUCAGUGUGCGCAGCUUAACACGAUGGAUUGCAAGAGUUUGCUUGUUCUUGGAUUGGUCUGCAUUGUCUUCGCCGGCGUUGGAGGUCAGGCUCCCGCUGGAGGGCCCACCGCCACUCCAGCUCCUCCUACCCCCACAACUCCCGCCGCGUCACCACCAACUGCUGUUACAUCUCCUCCCGCCUCGUCUCCUCCUCCGGUAUCAGCCCCGCCACCGGCUACUCCUCCGCCUGCCACUCCACCACCGGCCACUCCACCCCCAGCCACUCCACCACCGGCCACUCCUCCACCAGCCACUCCUCCACCAGCAACCCCUCCACCAGCAACACCUCCACCGGCCACCCCUCCGCCCGCCACUCCUCCACCGGCUACUCCACCACCGGCCACUCCCCCACCGGCCACUCCUCCACCUGCAACUCCUCCUCCCGCAACUCCUCCACCGGCUCCUCUCGCCUCUCCACCAGCAGCGGUUCCAGCGCCAGCUCCAAGCACAAAAGUGAAAUCUCCGGCCUUGGCUCCAUCGCCACUUACGAACAGCCCGCCGGCACCACCAGCGGAGGCGCCUGGACCGAUCUCAGGCGGAAUCUCACCAGCACCAGCUGCGAACGAUGUGAAUGGAGUGGAAAAGCUGUGGUCGAUGAAGAAGGUGGCCGGGAGCUUGGCAUUUGGACUGGCACUGAGCCUGGUGAUCUAGAGAGAUGUUCUCCUUCUCCGUUCCUUGUGAAAUUCGUGUUAUUUACUUCUUGAUUUUAAAUAUUAUGACUGGGGAUGUCAUUACGGGGUUGAUGGGACAUUUUAUUACUACAUUGAGUUGGAUUCUUUGGGAUAUUUUUUAGGGAAGCUUUUGUAUUUGAGGUUGAGGGGAGUUAUUUUGAAUUAUUGCCAUUGGGUUUAUUAAUUGGUGCCUAUCAUUACCCUCUC